UUAUUUCCUCGGACUAGUUAUUGAUUUUGUCUCUCCUUUGUAAUUCCAGCCUCAUCUCCAUCCCAUCCCGAUGACUACCGUGUCUUCCCUCAACGCCCCUGACAAUAAAUAUCGAAAACUCCUGCGCCGCAAGUAGAAAACACUUGAUUAUCACAUCACUCUUCACACCCUAGUUAACCCUCAAACCCCUUUCCGAGCGCAAAAAGCGCGCAUCCGAAGCACAACCAUGGACACCAACGCCAUGGACAAUGAUACGCGAGGCUGGAUCAUGUGCGCCUUCAGCGGCCUCGCGUGUAUCUUCGGCGCAUCCGCCAUUUGCAUCGACAUCCCUAUCCGCCUCAUCCCUGGCAAGCGUCACUUCCGCAUCCAAGACAGCAAUGCCUUCCUUGCCUCGUCACUCAGCUUGAGCUUUGGCGUCAUGCUCUUCUCGGCCCUCUAUAGCAUGCUGCCCUCAGCCAUGCGCUACCUCGCCAAGGACAACUGGGAUGAGCACAAGGCCGGCUUCCUGAUGAUGGGCUGCUUUAUCGGUGGCUUCUUCGGAAUCCAGGUCAUCUCCCGCGUCUUGCAUCAGUACAUGCCCUCACACGUCGUUGACUGCGACCACACCCACGAGAACGUCGACGGCGAGGAGCACGACCACUACGGCCACAACCAUUCUCUGCCAAAGUUAUCUUCUCACUCAAGUGCUGUUUCUGAACCACCACACAUGGUCGAGGUCCACAGCAACAUCACCGAGACCACUCCCUUAAUACCUACCGAAGCCCCGCACAGUGGCCAUGUCCAUACCGAACUCGUCAACGGCGACGCCGCACUCACAGCCGAGGCUGUCACCCACUUCGACGGCCUUCAGCAACGGGCAUCCACGCAAAUAAAACGGCCCUCGAUGAACGUCCGGGGCAAAGUCAUGUCCUUCUUCAAGGACACCAAGGCAAACUGCGACGAGGAUGGGCCCUGCUACGGCUACUCAGACCCCUGCGGCCAGGAAUGCUUCAAACACAUCGGCACCCGCUCCGCCCUGUCUCGGAGCGGCACAUCAUUGACCGACGACUGCGACGAGGUGUGCGAAGUCCCAGCCGUGACGCCCCGAUACCGCGUCGUCCGCGCCCCUUCCCACGCCCACGACGACGACAGCCAUCAUCACCAUCACGCCCACGCCCACAAUCACGCCCACGGCAGCGACAUAGAGUGCCCCGAAGACGUCGAAGCCCAACACCAUCACCACGUGCCCACCAACGGCUUCCUCUCCAUCGGGCUCCAGACCGUCAUCGCCAUCGCCCUCCACAAAUUCCCCGAAGGUUUCGUCACCUACGCCACCAACCACGCCAACCCGUCCCUCGGCUUCAGCGUCUUCAUGGCCCUCUUCGUCCACAACAUCGCCGAGGGCUUCGCCAUGGCCCUGCCGCUAUACAUGGCUCUCGGCAGCCGCGUCAAGGCCAUCUUCUGGUCCUCGCUGCUGGGUGGGUUCAGCCAGCCCCUCGGCGCCGCCGUGGCCGUGGCCUGGUUCAAGCUGGCCAAGCGGUCCAAUUUCGAGAUCAACAGCACCGCCUACGCUUGUCUAUUUGCGGUUACUGCGGGCAUCAUGGUCAGCGUGGCGCUGCAACUCUUUGUCGAGAGUUUGAGUCUGAACCACAACAGGAACCUGAGUAUCUUCUUUGCGUUUUUGGGUAUGACGCUAUUAGGCAUGAGCAACGCGCUUGUUAGUCAUUAAGGGGCCUGUUGGAUUUGAAAGCAUUGUUUUGGCGUUACAUUGGAGGUUAUAAAGUUCAAGUCCGGUUACACUCAUAGGCGAGGUCUGGUAGGAGCAGAUCUAGGGCC